AUGCCCCCAACAGACGGCGGCUGCAACGGCGCGCCGUUCCCGUGGGAGGCGCCAGUCCAGAUGGAGAAUGAGCUGUCGCAGCCGACUCAGCCAGCUACCCAGAAUGUCCUCGACCCGCGACGUCUAGGCCAGCAGAACUCGGGAUUCACAGACGAGGAUAUCGCCGAUAUCGUCUGCAUUCUGGUCCCGUACUCGCCAAAGACUCGCAGCGAGGCCGCACGCCUGGCCCGCCAAGGCUCGCCCUUCAUCAUUGGCCGUGAGGAUGCUGAGAACGUCGAUGUCGACUAUCCCUUUGACGAUUCUGCCGGAAACUUCUCCCUCACGUCGGCAGACCCAGGGUCGGGCCCGGUUUUUGUGCUGAGGCUCUCUUCCACCGUCAAGAACCCGCUGCAGGGCUUCACCUUUGGCCGCAAUCCCAAGAGCUGCGACAUCUGCUUUGACAGCGACUCCCUCCGCCGUCUCAGCAACAUCCACUUCCGCAUCUUCAUCAACGAGUAUGGCGUCUUGAUGCUCCAGGACCAGUCCACCAAUGGCACUGCCGUCGACGAGGUCAUGCUCAAGGCUCGUCGCAGCAACAUGUCCAACAUGCGAACCCUCAACAGCGGCACCAAGAUCUCCAUCCUCCUGCAGAACAACGCCCACGACUUGGCCUUUCUCGUGCGCGUCCCUCGCCGUCAUGGCGAGUACGAGACUGCCUACCAGCGGAACUUGGCCAACUAUCUCCGACACCUGUCUGAGCUGGCCGACUCCGCCGGCUCUGCUGCGACUCCGAAUGCGGGUCUGCCCCCCACCAUCGGUGCAGGUCAAGGUGGUCAUGUCGAUCUCUUUCCACGACCAGCGCAUGCUUCGAACAUGCCACCUCCGAGGUUCGUACCGGCCUCCACCAACGGCCUGCCCCGUGAGUGGAACGGCUCCAACAAGUACAACCGUGUCGGCGAGAUCGGGAAAGGCGCAUUUGCUACCGUGCACAAGGUCACCUCCAAGUAUGAUGGAAAGCCAUAUGCUGCCAAGGAGCUUGACAAGCGCCGCUUUAUCAAAAACGGCGUCUUGGACCAGAAGGUCGAGAAUGAGAUGAAGAUCAUGCGAAGUAUCCAGCACCCUAGCAUCGUGCGAUAUGUUGAUCAUUUCGAAUUUGACGACCGUCUCCUCAUCAUCGUCAUGGAGUUCGUGCCGGGAGGCGACCUCGGUAGCUUCGUCCUCAACCGCGGCGCCCUGUCUGAAGAUGCUGUCAGAGACAUGGCCAGACAGCUGCUCGAGGCUCUUUCCUAUCUGCAUCGCAAAAACAUCACUCAUCGGGACAUAAAGCCAGAUAACAUCCUCAUCGAGUCCGAGUCACCCUUCACCGUCAAACUGACCGACUUCGGCCUGUCCAAGAUGGUAGACAACGACCAGACCUUUCUGCGCACAUUUUGCGGGACCCUCCUGUAUUGCGCACCCGAGGUGUAUGCCGAGUACAGCGAAUACGACGAGCAUGGACACAGGAGUGACAGAAAUCGACAGAAUCGCCGGCCCACUGGCCAGCGGUAUGACCAUGCUGUCGACAUAUGGUCACUAGGCGGCGUGCUCUUCUACUGCCUCACACGCAGUCCUCCCUUCCCAGCUGCGAAAAGCACCAGCUAUACGGCGCUUCUGCAACGGAUCAUGACGAUGCCCCUUGACACCAGGCCGCUGUACAACGCCAAAGUGUCAGCCGAUUGUGUUGACUUUCUGUCCAGCAUGUUGCAGCGCCGGCCGGAAUAUCGGGCCACAGUCGACUCCUUGCUGUCGCAUCCUUGGCUGACUGGCACCGACAUAUCUGCCGAUGUCCUAGAGCAGAGCGCAUCACAGCUGAGCAUCCAUGACAAUGCAGGCCUGGCCGGCCAGGCAACCGACACCGCUCUGGGAGGACCGGAGAGCGAUGACGAGAUUUUCGAUGACCUGCUUGGCGGCGAGAGCCAACUCCUGCAUAACUUCUCUCCCGACUACGGUGAUGAAGAAGAGGAUGAUGACGAGGACCGCCUUCAAGAAACGGUGCGUCCGAAACAACGCCUUUUUGGCGAGGUCAAUGUUUCCAUUAUCGGCAGCUCUGGGGUCUUCUCUGAAAACAAUCUCAAUCUGCCCAUCUCCGGUCUUGGAUCGCAGGCCGACAACGAGCCGGACAGCUUCUCAUCCAGACCGUACGGCAGCUUUGAUCCCGACGAGACCUUUCUCACUCCGAGGCCGAAGCAGAGGCCGCAAAAUAUUGUCGUUGGCGGAGCAGGCAAAGAUGGCAGUGACAGCAACGGCAAUGUUCCUGCGUCAUUGCUGUCCCGCAACCUCGAAGAAAGCCACUCGGUGGACCAGCUGAACAAUCUCACCUUUGAUGUGGCAUCACAGAGCCUUGGCGGUGCUGAGUCGAUCCUUGGGAACCUGAACAUGAAAUCGUUGGCCACGUCAAACUUCAAGCACAUCGUCACCGACUUUAACAGCAGCAAAAGGAAAACUGCUCUCGACACAAGCGAGGAGCUUGAAAACACGCCCCGGCCAGACAAGCCGACGAUAAAGCGCCUCAAAUCCGACGCUCGUAUCCAGUCCUCGGUCGACAACAUGCAUGGUGAAGAGGGCGAAAGUGUGUGCAGUCGUAACGGCUCCGACGACGAAUAUGAUGAGAACGAAGAUCCAGAGUUGUACGCUGCCGUCCAGCCUAUCAGCCGAUCCAAGACAGGGCGCCAGAUGGAUCUGCCCGUGCACAAGUCAGUGUACUGGAUCCCAGGCGAGCCGUCCAGUUUUCACCUCCAGUAUCCGGAAAUGACUCAGCUGCAGUACGAUGUCUUUGAGGAUGCAGCCAUUACCAGAAAAGAGGAGUUUCGACCAGGUGGCUCGCGGCUUUGGGAUCUCGCCAUGAAACAUUUUGCUCCAACAACGGUAGCAGCCAGAGAAGAGCUGGAUCCAACAUACUCUCGCUCACCCUCAGAGUUGUCCGACACCCCUGCUCCACCUGACAAUGCAAAUGGCGAAAUGAAGGAGAACAUGAUAUCACGAGCCCCCACGGUUUCGCCUAGCCGAGAAAGCACACCUGCCCGAGAUCUGUCGCCCACUCCACAACCACAAGCGCAGUUGCAACAACAUGCUCAGGUUGUCGUACCUGCCAUAUCCAAACAUGACUCUCCCGUUGCCUGUUUUGAUUCAGUACCAAAAUCGGUCGUACAGAACAUCGCGGUACCUGUCACAGACUCAGUGACCACCUGGGGUCGACACCCUGAUAACACAAACAUCUAUGUGCCCAAGACCGAGCUCAAAGUGCCAAAGUACGCCCUGAAACUUCUUCUGUGGCGCAGCAGCAGCAGAGUAGGGGCCGGUGCCGGCGAGGGUGAUGGCAGAAGUCACAGUGUCGGAUAUGAGCCGUGGAAAGACUUGCAGCCCUGGAACCGACUGGAUACAGCAACCGAGGCAGCGAGCCGGUAUCACUUUUAUAUUUCCACCAAAGCGCGGGGCGGCAUUUUCGUCAACCAGACGCCCAUCAGUUCAUUCGACCCCGGCCAGCCGCGAACUGCUUCGAAGCACUGGACGCGACUAUAUGACGGUGACUCGGUCGUUGUCUGGCACAACUACCUCGGUCUGGACAGCCAUGGCAGUGCUGGCGGAAACGGAAACGGCAACAAGCUGCGCACGGAGCUGGUGUUCCGAUGCAGCUGGGGUGGGUCGGCUGCACGGCGACCAUCCUUUGUGCCUGUUGCGCUUGUCGAUGAGGCAACCAGUCGACAGCUGGACGACGCGUGUCUUCGGGCAGAGCAUUCCGUGUCGCAAAAGGCUGAAGAGCGUCGACGCAUGCCGGCGGCCGACCGCGAUCUGUGGGAACGGCAGAUCCGCAUAGACGAGGAGCGGCAGCGGUCGGUGAUCUUUGAGCGGCGUCGUGCAGUCAUCUGCACGCGUUAUCAGCAGCAGCAGUUGCAGCAGAAGAAGCACCCUCAAACGGCUGUCAGCCGUCCGAUGCUGCCAAUAUCGCUGGCCAGUGCGCCGGCGGUACUGGGCCACGGCGGCGCCGGAAGCGUGCUCGCUCAACACUCUCAGACCGGCUGUGCAUGA